AUGACAAAUCAACUUGAACAUUUACCUAAUGAAUUAUUUGAAUAUAUCUUCCUUCAUCUUCAUUCGACGCAUCUCGUACAAUCAUUUUUAAAUUUGAAUAUCCGUCUAAAUUUGCUUAUUCAGCCAUAUAUAAAUCGAAUAUCUAUCGUUUCGGUUGAUUUUGAUACGCAAUUUAUUUUGAAAUCAUCUCUAAAAUCAAUAAAAUUAGGUGAUAAACAAUUAGAACAAGUAUUUUCAACAUCUGGUAACAUAUUUUCCACCUAUCCAGGUCUUAAAUCUAUUAUUUUAAUAUGUGUAUCAUCUGUAAAUCCGACAUAUAUCAAUUAUUUAAAUCAAUUUCAAACAUUCUUACUAUCGUUAAAAAUCACUUAUUUUACGAGAAAAGGAAAGAUGUAUAGUGAGGACUUAUCAAAGAAAAUUUUUUCCAUAUUACUUCAUGUGGAUAAUAAUGAUUCGAAACUUGAAACCCUAUCAAUUACCCAUUCAUGUUUAUCUCUACAAGAGAGUGAUCAUUAUCAUUCAUGUUUAUCCAUAAAAAAUAUUAGAUUGACUUUAAAAUCAUAUCAACACUUAUUAAUAUUAUUUGAAUAUUUACCUUCACUUGAAUCUUGUGAUGUUAGAAUAUAUGAUGAUUUGGACAAUGAUAAUAAAACAAUCAGUUAUACUGUCACAAAAGUGAGAUUAAAAAAAUUUGCCUUUGAGUCAUUAUGUCUUAUGUCUAAUUAUCAGCAUUUAAAAGAUUUUAUCGUUAGAAACUUUUCGUCUUCGCUUGAAUAUUUAUCAUUUGAAUUAUUUAUAAGGCAUUUAAUAAACGGACAAGAAUUACAAUCUGAAUUAAUUGAAAAAUUGUUAAAUUUGAAACAAUUCCAAUUCCGGUUUAACUGUUACUGCUUUCGUUAUCCAUUGAGUGAAAAUGAUGUUGACAUGUUAAUCAGAAGCUAUUAA